CAGCUAAGGCGGGGCGAUCCUAAACCAGGAACUGUGUGUCAGGUCGCUUUGAGGAAUGGCUGCUCAGAUUGAGGGAGCCCGGCGGGUAUUUGCCGAGUGUUUCGGGGGUGAGCAGCCCCAGAUUGGAGUGUUCGCCCCAGGAAGGGUUAAUCUGAUCGGGGAGCACACGGACUACAAUGGUGGAUUCGUGCUGCCCAUGGCCCUGCCUCUAUUCACUGCUAUCCUAGGGACCCCCAGAGAUGAUGGGAAAAUGUCCAUUGUGACAAUGGCCGAGGGAGCUGAUGAACCACACAGAGUCGACUUUGCAGGUCCCCAAGAAGGGAAACCUCUAUCACCUGGUUUACCGAAAUGGGCUAACUAUGUGAAGGGAGUAAUACAGCACUAUAGAGCUGGACCUAUUCCUGGUUUCAAUGCUGUGAUUACCUCUAGUGUCCCGCUGGGUGGGGGACUCUCAAGCUCAGCAUCCCUAGAAGUGGCUACAUACACUUUUCUACAACAACUGUGCCCAGAUAAUGGGGACCCCAUACAGAAGGCACUUGCAUGUCAGAAAGCCGAACACACGUUUGCCGGCGUACCCUGUGGAAUCAUGGACCAAUUUAUCUCCGUUUUGGGGAGGGAGGGACAUGCCCUGCUGAUUGACUGCAGGUCCUUAGAGGUGACUCCUCUCCCUCUGACAGAUCCUGGAUUGGCGGUGCUCAUAACCAAUUCCAAUGUGCGCCACGAGCUGACAGGAAGCGAAUAUCCAGAGCGCAGGAGGCAGUGCGAGGAGGCAGCAAAGGUUCUCGGCAAAGAGACACUGAGAGACGCCAACCUUAGUGAUUUGGAGGCAAAAAAAGAAAAUCUAACGGGGUUAUGUUACAGACGGGCACGUCACGUGAUCAACGAGAUCGAGAGGACCACCAGUGCUGCGCAAGCCUUAAAAAGAGGGGAUUACAGAGAGUUUGGGAAAUUAAUGGUAGAGAGUCACAAUUCACUAAGGGAUGAUUAUGAGGUUAGCUGUCCAGAACUUGAUGAAUUGGUAGCCAUAGCGGUGGAGAUACCUGGUGUGUAUGGUAGCCGAAUGACCGGCGGAGGGUUUGGAGGCUGCACAGUGACUUUGCUGGAAGCAUCUGUAGCUGAGACUACCAAGCAAAAAAUUCAGGAGAAAUACAGAGGUUCGCCAACAUUCUACAUGACCAAACCAUCAUCAGGAGCUGGGGUGCUGCCAUUGUAAACGUGAUCUGGAGUAUGAUGUCAUGCCAUCCUAAUAUAAAAUAAACAUGUCUUUUCUCUACA